UACCGUCGGUCAGUCCUUGCCCCCCUGAUCACAUGCACCUCACGGAGAGGGGGUGUCGAUGCCCCCGCCACACACCACAACACGGACACCAGCACUGAUCAGGUGGAGCCCACUCCUCCCGGUGGGGAGCGGGCGGAGGGGGGUAACGGGAACGGGUCUCUUUUCUACAGGGAGCUGUGGUUCAUUGUGCUGAUGACAGGGGUAGCCCUGGUGGUUCUAGCUAUCGUUCUGGGGAUCAUCCUGCACAAGGCCCUGAAAAGAACCCCAUUCACUCGAGAGCGCCCCCCUCUGGUGGCCCUGCCCAUGCAGAAGAGGAGCCCCAUGGCCGUGUAUCCCCCCAGCGACUCCUACCUGGUGAGACGGCCCAACUGGUUUGACACGGUGCCCAACACAACAAGCUCCUCCAACAGUGUUACACUCAAAGGGUUCACCAUGCACCUGGAGGGAGUGGAGGACAGUAAGUUUUGGGCAGGUGGCGACGCCCCUCCGGAGGGUGAGCUGGGUAUCCUUAAUGUGUCCAGCCUCCACGUGUCCGCUAUCCAUGGCUCUGCCCACUCCCAGAAUUCUCUGCGGCGCAGCGUGAGCCAGAUGAUGGACAGGAAGUCGCUGACAGGGGAGGAGGAAGUGUGGGACUCUCACAUUCAAGGCCACGACAGCGGGAUGUUUAUGGAGGACGAGGAGUUUGUCGACACUAUUAAAGGCUUCAGCACGGUGCGGAAGGAACAUACCAUGUUUACCGACACUAACCUGUGACCUGCUGUGACCUUUGAAAUCCACCCCUCACCUUGUCAGGUCAGACAGGUCGACUGGAGGGGCAGCCCCUCUCAAAGGGAGGUCGGAUGGGUACACAAAGCAAGCCAUAGACAUUCACUAAUAACAUCCUAUUUGACUAUGACUGCAACCGACCUACCAAACAGCACUCUUGGGUUGAAUAAAAAUUGGAAUACAAAAAAAUAAAAGUCCAAAUAUGACUGACUGAAGAUAAUCCAAGAAAAGGACUUGUCUUGCAAGCCAGGCUAUUUGGUCAUAAUUCAGGGACAGAAAUGUCACCAUGAAAGAGAAGACUCCCGAUGAGAUAGGGAAAUGUUCUCAGUGAACCUGUUCGUUUCAAUGAGCAGUAUCAAGGCAUUCAUUUAUAUUGAAAUUUGUUUUGGGAUUUCUUAUAGCUACACUGACCUAAAAUACAAAGAGAACAGUGUUUUCAUUUUAUAUAAACAUAUUUGUAUAUUGACUUGCUGUUGCUCUGAAUGUAAGAAUGCCUUUUGAUAAAUCGCUGCACAAUUUCUGUGUACAGAUUGUAUCUAAUAAAAGUGUGGACCAAUUUAUUUUUGAUAGUA